UCCUUACCGGAAGUGACAUCUGAUCUGCCGCGGCGUGUGCGUCGGGCUGUCCUCGGAUCAGAUUUGCUCGGAUUUCACCUGGGACCAGAUCGAAGCGGGGCUCACCUGAGCAAAGCCGCGUGGCGUCGGCUCGCAACUCCGGAGACUCUGCUUUGCUGGUUCCCCUACCCGGGAACGUUUUUUUUUUUUUUUUUUUUGUCCGCGGAUAAUUUAUUAACCUGCCUAACUUUUUAACUUCGAUUUACCGGAGUACUGACGCGAGGAGCAGCUGGUCAGUCAGGAUAAUUAAUCAUGCUCGGGGCUGAGAGCAGACUGGAAAGCCGGCUCAAUACGCUGGAAGUCCUCGUGAGGAACCCGGAGUCCAUGUUGAACUUGGAAACACUGCUGGAUUCCAUAAAUGCCUUGGCACAUGAUUUGAACUAUCCUGCUCUGCGAAAGAACAAGAACAUCGAAACAUUUCUCAACCGAUAUGAGAAGGCGGUGAGCCAGCUGCGCGAGCUCCAGGUCAAGCACGAAGACUUCGAGAAGGUGAAGUUGAUCGGCAGAGGCGCUUACGGAGAAGUGCAGCUGGUGCGACACAAGGCCUCUCGCAAGGUUUAUGCCAUGAAGAAGCUGAACAAGUUCGAGAUGAUCAAGCGGUCCGACUCGGCAUUCUUCUGGGAGGAGAGGCACAUCAUGGCCUUCUCCAACAGCCCCUGGGUCAUCCAGUUGUGCUGUGCCUUCCAAGAUGACCGCCACCUCUACAUGGUGAUGGAGUUCAUGCCGGGCGGCGACGUGGUCACGCUCCUCUAUAACUACGACAUCCCCGAGAAGUGGGCUCGCUUCUACACGGCCGAGGUGGUGCUGGCCUUGGACGCCAUCCACUCCAUGGGCUUCAUCCACCGCGACGUCAAGCCCGACAACCUGCUGCUCGACCGCCACGGCCACCUUAAACUGGCCGACUUUGGCACGUGCAUGAAGAUGGACUCGACAGGCAUGGUGCGCUGUGACACUGCUGUAGGAACACCUGACUACAUUUCCCCUGAGGUGCUUCAGUCUCAGGGAGGGAUGGGUCAUUAUGGGAAGGAGUGCGACUGGUGGUCUGUCGGGGUGGUCAUGUACGAGCUGUUAGUGGGUGAAACACCUUUCUACGCUGAAUCCCUUGUGGGAACCUACGGAAAGAUCAUGAACCACAAGAAUUCCCUCAAAUUCCCGGAUGACGUCGAGAUGUCCCAGGAGGCCAAAGAGCUCAUCUGUGCCUUUCUAACUGACAGGGAGGUUCGUCUAGGCCGCACCGGAGUGGAGGAGAUCAAAAGCCAUCCUUUCUUCAAAAGCGACCAGUGGACCUUUGACAACAUCCGAGAGACUGUGGCUCCCGUCGUCCCAGAACUGAACAGCGACAUAGACACCAGCAACUUUGACGACAUCGAGGAUGAUAAAGGGGCCGCUGAGACCUUCCCACCACCCAAAGCCUUUGUGGGCAACCAGCUUCCAUUUGUCGGCUUCACCUACUUUAAGGAAGACCAUCUGCUGAAGCCCAAGAAAAACAGCCUGGAGGAAGAUUCUGAGAACGAAAAGGAAAAAUUGGAAGAAAGGCAACAGCGCUCUGACAACAAGAAAGAACAACUGCAGAAAAAAUUGAAUGAACUGGAAGAGCAACUGGACCAUGAAAUGCAGGCAAAAGACGAGCUGGAGCACAAGUUCAGAAAUGCCUCCAACCGUUUAGACAAGUUGGUCAAGGAAUUAGACAAUGAGAUGAAUAGCAGACAGCGCGUGGAGGCCUCGCUGAGGCAGCUCGAGCGCGAGCGAGCGCUGCUGCAGCACCAGAGUACCGAGAACCAGCGCAAAGUCGAUAUUGAGACGGACAGGAAGCGAGGCUUGGAGAAUGAACUGAACAACCUGAGGGACCAGUUAGAAGAUCUGAAGAAGAGGAACCACAAUUCACAAAUAUCCAACGAGAAGAAUAUCCAGUUGCAGAAACAACUUGAGGAGGCGGCCGAGACGCUUCAGGCGGAACUGGAGGCCGCCGCGAGGUUAAAGAAGAGCCAGGCGGAGAUGCAGAAACAGGCCCAGAGCCUGGAGUUGAGCCUCAGGGAGGUGCAGGAGAAGUGCAAGCAGCUGGAGGAGGCCAAGAUGGAGCUGGAGAGGCAGCUGACGACACUGCGGACUGAGCUGGAGGCGGAGAGGAGGGAGCGUUGCAUCAAGACGGAUGUAAUCGCAGACUUACAGGGACAUACAACUAGCCUGGAAGAGGAGGUGAAGGAAGUGAAGUCAUGUCUCUCCAUCAUCCAGACCGAAAAGAGCCAACUUCAAGAGAGGAUCAAUAACCUGGAGAAGGAAAAGAGCAACCAAGAGAUCGAGCUGACGUUCAAGUUGAAGUCGCUCCAGCAGAGUCUGGAGCAGGAGGAGGCCGAACACAAAGCUACCAAGGCCAAGCUGGCAGAUGAAAACCAAAUUUACCAGUCCAUUGAGGUGGCAAAAUCUGCGGCCCUAAAGGAGAUGGAGCACACCCUUCAGGAAGAGCGCGUUCUCAAGCAGGAGGUGGAGGCCAAGCUGCUGCAGCUGAAGAAAGAUCAUUCCAUGCUGGACUGUGAUUACAAACAGGCUCAGCACAAAUUGGAUGAGCUGUACGCGCAAAAAGAGAAAGUUUCUGAAGAGGUAAAGAACCUGAGCCUACGUGUGGAGCAGGAGGUCCACAAGCGCAGUCUUGUCCAGAGUGACCUGAAGAUGGAGAAACAGCAGGUGACUGUCCUGCACACCUCGGAAAAGCAGCUCAAACAGGAGCUCAACCAACUGCUGGAGAUUAAGCAGGUCCUUGAUAAACAGAACCAGGAGCUGCGCAGGGAGAAGCAGGAGUCGGAAAGCCUGCUGAAAGAUUUAAAGGACCAGCUGGAGGCGGAGCAAUAUUUCACGACCCUUUACAAGACGCAGAUCCGCGAGCUGAAGGAGGAGUGCGAUGAGAAAAACACCAUGUAUAAAGAGGCUCAGCAACGUCUGGGAGAGUACCAGGAGGACAGGGAAUCGCUGGCGUCCCAGCUGGAAGUCAGCCUGACCAAGGCAGACUCCGAGCAGUUGGCCCGCUCCAUAGUCGAGGAGCAGUUCUCUAAUUUGGAGAAGGAGAAGAUCAUGAAGGAGCUGGAGAUCAAAGACAUGAUGGCGAAACACAAGCAGGAGCUCAACGAGAAGGAGGCCACCAUCAGCUCGCUGGAGGAGUCCAAUCGCACUCUGACCGUGGAUGUGGCCAACCUAGCCAGCGAGAAGGAGGAACUCAACAACCAGAUGAAAGAACUGCAGCAACAGCUCCAGGAAGCCAAGGAUGAGGAACAGAACAUGAGCUCUCUCAUCGUGGCCUUUGAAAAGCAGUUGCAGACUGAAAGGACAUUAAAAAUACAGGCCAUAAACAAGCUCGCUGAGGUGAUGAACCGGAGGGAACCCACGAGAGGAGGCCACCGCGGCAUCGACACGGAUGUGCACAGAAAGGAGAAGGAGAACAGGAAGCUGCAGCUGGAGCUGAGGUCCGAGAAGGACAAACUCAACAGCACCAUCAUCAAAUACCAGCGAGAGCUGUCGGAAAUGCAGGCGCUCAUUGCAGAAGAGAACCAAGUGCGUCAGGAGCUUCAGAUGACACUGGCCAGCAAGGACAGCGAUAUCGAGCAACUGCGGUGCCAGCUCACCUCCCUCAGCAUUCACUCUCUGGACUCCACCAGCAUCAGCAGCGGCAACGACCUGGACGCGGGCGAAGGCUACCCAGAUUCUAGACUAGAGGGCUGGCUUUCACUUCCUACCAAGCACACAAAACGGUUUGGCUGGGACAAAAAGUUUGUAGUGGUUAGCAGCAAAAAGAUUCUGUUCUACAACAGCGAGCAGGACCGAGAACAGGCCAACCCUUUCAUGAUCCUGGACAUAGACAAGCUCUUUCAUGUCCGACCUGUCACUCAGACUGAUGUGUACCGCGCAGAAGCAGUAGAAAUUCCCCGGAUAUUUCAGAUCCUGUACGCCAACGAGGGCGAGAGCAAACGUGAUCAGGAGGUCGUCAUGGAGACCACCCCCUUCGGCGAGCGCCCCUCCCACAUCAGCCACAAGGGCCACGAAUUCAUCCUCACCCUCUAUCACUUCCCCUCCAGUUGCGAGGCGUGCACCCGGCCGCUGUGGCACGUGUUCAAGCCGCCGCCGGCCCUGGAGUGCCGCCGCUGCCACACCAAGUGCCACAAGGACCACCUGGACAGGAAGGAGGACGUCAUCGUGCCCUGCAGGGUGAACUUUGACGCGUCCACCGCCAAAGAGCUGCUUCUGCUGACCGGCAGCCGAGAGGAGCAGCAGCGAUGGGUCAGCCACCUCCUCAAGCGCAUCCCCAGGAAGCCCGCAAACCCGGCCCACCUACCCGAUGCACCGGCGCGGUCCUCCCCACGUGGUUCGCCGCGCUUGUCUCCUAAGGGCUCGCCGCAGAUUUCUCCGCACCGCGGGGCCAUAAGAGUGUCCGGCAGACAUCAGCAGCACUCCGGGAAGGGCAGUUAACCCCGGCUCAGCAACGGGAAUCUUCCCCGCAGCUGAUUGACAGCGGCCCGCCGACGCGUUACUUUUCAGGAGAGCAGAAAACUUUUAUUCUGAACUUUUUUUUAACAACAGGAACAAUAGUGCAAUCUUUUUAAUGAUUCCAAGUUGUCAGAUCGAAAACUAGGAACCCCCCCCCCAAAAAAAAAUGGACUUUCACUUUUGUGUUUGAUGUGCAAGUUGUCUGAGCAUUGUGUAUAUAUAUAUAUAUAUAAAGUUAAGAGGACUUUUUGUGUGUCAUCUUAGAGGGUUUAGCACGUGGGUUGUAUUUUGUUUUGUUUUUUAAUAAGCGUAUAGUAUUACACAUUAGCACAGGCCUGUCCAGAAAUAGUUUACAGAACAAAAUUGCACGUUGUCUUUGGGUCACAAGUUUUGUCACGUUAGACUGUUGUCUUAUCAAAUGGAAACGCAAACAAUAUUUUAUCCAACGUUCAAAUAAAAUUACCCAUCCAUCCA